AUGGAGAUCAGAGAAAGUGCAACAUUGACCAGAGAUGUACUUGAGCAACAUUUUAAUGAUUUGAAAGGGACCCUAAAGAAGCUGUUGGAUGAGCGACUGAUGUCACUGCUGCAGGAAGUGGAUGCUAUAGAACAAGAGAGCAUCAAACCUUUGGAUGAAUGCCAGAAGCUGAUAGAGCAUGGAGUCAGUACGGCCGAUGAUCUGCUCCGGGAAGGAGAGAGUGCAGUCCAUGGAGAUGUGGGACAACAGAAUGAGAAACUGUGCAGCUUUACAAAAAAAGCUUUACAUAUUCAGCUAGAUAGCUUACCAGAAGUGCCCUCCUUGGUUGACGUGCCUUGUUUAUCUGCCCAGCUGGAUGACUGCCUUCUUACUAUAUUGAAAAAUCAAAUAUUCAGACAUGGAACUGUGGCAUCUUGCCCGCCUGUACAGCUAGAGGAAUUCGUUGAGAAGCCUGGAGGUAUUUUAGUCCGAUGGUGUAAGGUGGAUGAUGACUUCAUACCACAAGAUUACAGACUGCAAUAUCGUAAGAGUACUGCCAGUCACUUUGAAGAUGUGUAUGUCGGCUUGGAGACGGAGUUCAUAGUGCUGCAUAUUGAUCCUAACGUUGAUUACCAGUUCAGAGUCUGUGCCCGAGGAGAUGGACGGCAAGAGUGGAGUCCGUGGAGUGUUCCUCAGAUCGGCCGUACCACGCUAGUUCCCCAUGAGUGGACAACCGGUUUGGAGGGUUACAGCUUGAGCAGUCGAAGAAACAUAGCACUUCGAAAUGAUUCUCAGUCAUGCGGUGUGCUCUACUCCAAAGCUCCUACUUAUUUCUGUGGGCAAACAUUAACAUUCAGAAUUGAAACCGUGGGACAGCCAGACAGACGAGACAGCCUGGGAGUGUGCGUGGAGCAGCAGAACGGCUAUGAUUCUUUGCAGCGGGAUAAAGCUGUGUGCAUCAGCACAAACGGGGCAGUAUUUGUAAAUGGAAAAGAGAUGACAAACCAACUGCCUGCUGUUACUUCUGGAUCGACUGUGACGUUUGACAUGGAAGUUGUGCAGUUAGGGCCUUCCAGCAACGAGGGAGGAAACUUCAAGCUUAGAGUAACCAUUAGCUCUAACAACAGAGAAGUGGUCUUUGACUGGGUACUUGACCAAUGCUGUGUCUCUCUGUAUUUUGGAUGUUCGUUUUCAUAUCCAGGCUGGAAAGUUUUGGUGUUUUAGCAGCAAGUGAAGGGAUUUUUGUUCUUGCUGUAAAGUGUAAUGUUAAAACCUGGGUUUCCAGCUGUUUGACAUCAACAAUCUGUUAACAAAAACCUGUCUUUAUACUACUUGAACUCCACUAUAUUGUACUUCCUACUGGAUUCAUUUCAAAAAAUAAUUGUGAAACAUUGGAUUUGUUACUCUGGAAAAAGUUAAACAGGUGUUUGUGUAGGCAAAUUAAUUUAAGCAGUCGAUAAGACCUUUCCCUUUUUUCCUCCAGACUUGAUUUUUGUCAGUAUUUCAUUGUACUCUAGUCUCAGGGUACGUGCGUUGUGUGGAAUUAACUUUGCUUACUGCUGCUGUUCUGUGAAAUAAGCCUGUAAAUGUUUAGGGGGGUGGAGGGGUGGUAAUGGACCAAAGUUUUAUUUAUACCACUCAAAAAGAGCAAAGUAUUUAGAGCAGUGAUGUCCUGCUAUGCUUCCUUGUACACAAUGCCGCCUUAAUAGUAUGAACGGAUAGUGGGUUCUGCAUGCAACAGCCAUUUUCUUCCAUGCACGGUACUGUUCAUUCCUCCAGAGCAAGGAUGUCUGAGCCAUAAUGUCUGUUUAAAUAUGUAGCCAGUCUGUUAAUGUCUCACUUAAGUGCCUUAUUUCCAGGUAUUUCUUGAACUGUUUUCUGUGUUGUCACUUGGAAUAUAUUUUCUAGAGUAAGUUGCAUGGUGAUGCUUACAUCAACUUAAUGCAGAUGCUUGCCUCAAACUAGACCCAUACCUAGAGUAUGACCGUUAUCCUUAUCUGCUCUGUCUUCCCUAGUUGUAAUUUACCAUGUAGCAAUGUCAGAGCAAGUCCUAGCAAUUUAGUACUUAGGCAUGACAUGCAGAUGGCAGCCAUGAUUCCUCACAGAGCUCUUCUAAGACUUAAGAGACAACCUUCUUUCUAUUGUCCAACACAGAGACAAGGGAAGCGCUGUUCUGAUGUGCAGGAUUCCUGCAGAUUCCAGAGAGCUACCUGGGAACACCUUGCAUUCACGUGCAAUAGUGCAGGUUUAUGGCCAAGUGCUGGGGAUGGACUAGGCCACCCAAGCAAGCUGGGACUGCUGCUGGAGAUCCACCUUGGGAGAUAAUGGAGAUGGGCUUUGGGUAUGGGCUUAAGGCAGACCCUGCUGGCGCAGAUUUAACCUGUGGCAGUCAAAAUGGAGCAGAUGGUGGUAAUUUAAUUUAGCUCUCCUCCAUGUAGUAGGAUGGGAUAAUAAAUUAUUAUGAAUUAAU